AUGCAACACGUACUUCAAACCGCAUUGAGCUCUGGCUUCUCAGCCACCGAGGGCUUUCACUCGGAUACGCCUAAUAAGGUCGACCCCUCGUUCGAUGGCAUGGCUGCAGUUCUACCCCAGUCAUUUGUCCCCAAAACCUCGACACGCAUCACAUUGAAGGGUAAGAAAGAUGAUGUUCAGAUUCCAUGGAUGUCUAUCGGAGCCUGGGCAUGGGGAGACAAGGCGACAUGGCACUGGGACCCAAAAGAGCGCGAAGGCCUGAACGAGGCCUGGAAGUACCUCGUUGACAACGAUCUUACCUACAUUGAUACGGCUCAAGCUUACGGCUCUGGCGAGAGUGAGAGGAUCUGUGGUGAGCUUGUCAGGGACAUGCCUCGCGACCGCUUUGUCAUGCAAACCAAAUACUACGUUGUCCCCGACAACUUCAAGAACAUAUUCACGCCGGCAUCUGCACCAUACAAAAUGCUCAAGGAGUCACUGGAGCGCAUGAAGUUGGACUUCAUCGAUGUCUACAUGGUACAUGGACACAUUCACGCUGGCAGCAUCAAGCAGGUUGCCAAGUCGCUGGCUCAAUGCGUGGACGAGGGACUUUGCAAGGUGAUUGCUGUCGCCAACUACAACCAAGAAGACAUGUUGGAGAUGAAGCAAGAGCUGGCACAGUACGAUGUGCCUCUCGAGAUGAACCAGUGCGAGUUCCAUGUGAUGCGUCGUCUUCCGGAAACCGAGGGCAUGCUAAAAACGUGCCGCGAGAACGGCAUUCAAUUCCAGUCAUACUCGUCACUGGCACAAGGACGCUUGACCGGCAAGUGGACACCCGAAAAGGAGCCACCAAAGACAUACCGCUUCAGCUCGUACCCCAUCAAGGAUAUCCAAGACACGCUCGACGUUGUUAAGACGAUUGCAGAGAAGCGGGGUGUCAGCAUGGCUGCUGUUGCGCUCAACUACAACAUCAGCAAAGGCGUCAACCCAGUGGUUGGCAUCAGGAACCUCGAGCAGGCCAAGAGCAAUAUCCAAGCAUUCGGGUGGAGACUGACAGACGAAGAUAUACAAGAGAUGGACAGUGUUAGUAUUGAGGGCAAGCACACCAAGCUCUGGCAGCAGGGUUAG